CCACUAAUCACUCUAACUGGUAACACCAAGACCGAAAUCCACCAAAUCCUGCCCCGCUACACUCCCCCUCCUCCUCCCACGUCCUUUCCCUCUUCCCUUUCUACAAUUUUCCAUAAUAAUAGUUCCCAUCCCAAGGAAAGAUCCGCCCGUCCCCCCGCCACCUCGUCCUCCUUGGAUGAACCACCAUGACAGAUUCUUCACCGCGUUCUUCCACUACUGAACCAUCACCGCCGCCUCCUUCAGCUUCAACUUCGUCACCGACGACACCAAUAGCAUCAAGCCCCCAAAUUUACAUCCACCCCAGAAGGGAGCCAUUUGAACAUGGCCUUUUACCCAUCCCAAAACUUAUAUUCUCAGAUGGGACCCAAUCAUUAGCUUCAAUCAAGGACAAGCUCUUGUCUCUUUCUUCUUCUUCCUCCUCCGAGUCUACUCACCGGGUCAACUCGGCUGCGAUUGCCGAGACCCUCCAGAUCUCGCCUGACCAUGCUCGGCUUGUGCUCGACACCAUCUCCUCUGUUCUGCACAAUGAUACUGACCCUCUCGUCAAUGCCAAGCCCUCGGAGAUUGAUGACGUCGGGAUCGGUGUGUUUGAUUUGGUAGUGUUUUUGUAUGUACAGAGUUAUAAGAGACUGCUGCCGAAAGGGCACCGGGACUCAGCUGCCGUCGCGGAUGUAUGGCCUUCUACGUCCGCUUUCGAUGGGUUUCUGUCUGCCCUCACGCCCUUGCAGCUUGUACGUAGCAACAGUAGGCGGUUUAUGCCAUCACAAGCUGAUGAGGAGGCGCAUCAGCUAUCAUAUUUGCAGAAGCACUUGGGGAACAUUCUUGCUCUUCUGGCAGAUACAGCUGAAGGAGAAGCCGAAGACUCUCUGGUAUUGUCAAUGGAAAAACUCGAGCAUCUUGGUUUUCUGGUUUAUUUUGGUGAAAAAGGAUCAGAGAGAACCCCUUUGAGCCAGAAUGCUCCCUUUUUUGCCAACUCAGAUCCUGACAUGCCAGCUGUUCCUGUGCCUGCUGCCCAAGUUCUUGAUUGGCUUCUACAGAAUAUAGCCUCCACCUUGGAGCAUAUUUCUGAGAGGGUUUCUGCAAAAGAAAAUGGACCCACAGUUGCUUCUGAUCAAGAUGUCCCAAUGACCGAUGUUGGCUCAACUUCAGCUAAAGCUUCAACCAGUGCUAGGGGCCCAAGUUUUAUUGAGGGGAUUUCUAAAUCUUCCCAUGUAAAGCAUGCAUCUGAUUUAAAAGGAACUUCUUUGAAGGUAAUAAAUUGUCACGAGUCAGUUAUCUACAUUUUAGCACCUUUGAGAUAUGCAACAGUAUAUGGAUGCUCUGAUGCAACUAUUGUUCUUGGAGCAGUUGGCAAGGCUGUAAGAGUUGAACAUUGUGAGCGUGUUCAUGUGAUUGCAGCUGCAAAACGUAUCUGUAUUGCUAAUUGUCGUGAAUGUGUCUUCUUCCUUGGGGUCAACCAACAACCCCUCAUUGUUGGUGAUAACCAUAAGCUGCAGGUUGCUCCAUAUAAUACAUAUUACUCACAACUAGAGGAGCACAUGAAUCAAGUCGGUGUCGUGCCAACUGUCAACAGAUGGGACCAACCACUGGCGCUUGGUGUGGUUGAUCCACAUGAUUCGUUAUCUCAUCCAGCAGGUGUCUCUGAAGUCCAGGCUGAGUCUGCAAUUUGCCUAGACCCAGAUCAAUUCACUAAUUUUAUGAUUCCAAAUUGGUUUGGAGGUGAAGUAGUUGGGUCCACAAAAGACAAUCCAUUCCCUUUGCCAGAUGCUUACAUGGUUUCUCAGCAGAGAAAUCACAAAAACUUGGGGGAGAUUAAGCACAUUUUGAAAGAAACUCAGCUUGAAGAGAGCCGGAAGCGGGAAUUAUCAAGUACACUUCAUGCAUGCUUCAAGGAUUGGCUAUAUGCCUCAGGAAAUAUUCGGCAACUUUACUGCUUACAAGGUGAUUGAAUGUUGAGGAAAGAUGGCAUAGACCCUUGAAGAUGGAACCUAGUUUGUACUUUCAUCUUCCCAGACAGUUUUCAAGUCCAGCGAUUCUCUUUCCUUUUGCUUUGGGGUGCUAAAGAAAGCUGGAAAUGUGAUGCUUUUGACUUGCAACGGAGAUCUGACACAUGUUUUGGAGCUGUUGUGUAGAUUGUAGAAGAGGAGACUCUUAACUCAUAAUUCUUUCUAUGGAAGUGAAUUUAUUUUGUAGCAUUUUGUUAUGCUAGCGCCUGUUGGAAAUCUAUACUGAAUUUUCCAUUUUUAACCCGUAGAUAUUUUCUUCUGUUUGUCAAUCUUUCACUCAUUUUGGCUGUUGAUGUACAUGAUGGCAAUAAAGUUAAACAUCUCUCUCUCAUUUUCCUAUA